AUGGUAACUCCCUUAUCAAGCGACGAUACGGAUGUAUCUAGGUGGAAGGUGAUAUAUCCAGCAUACAUUGACAAGAACAAAACUAUUUCUAAGGGACGUCUAAUUAGUACACGCCAUUGCAUUGAAUGCCCAAAUGUUGCAGAGAUGGCAGAGAUUUGUGUACAAUUAGGUAUCCCAUAUAAGAUUGAAUGUAAGCGCUAUCCAAGAGAUUUUAUGGUGUUGGGCAGGCUUAGAUAUAAACUUUUUAAUAAAGAUGGUGAUGCAUUCAAUGAUGAAAUUUUAACCAAAAAAAUGCUGUUAAUACAUAUGGGUCAAAAUAUACCAAAGCUUAAAAGCAGGCUAUCUCAAAUAAAUAGUUCUUCUUCAUCUAGCUCUUCGAGUAGUACUGGAAAGGGUACAGGUGUAGCAGGAAAGUGUAAGAACAAGCAUAAGAAGAAGUAA